AUGUCUUCUUUACCAAUCUCAAUUCCAUCUUCUUCUUCUUUUUCCUUUUGUCGAAGGAGAGUUCAUGAUGCUUAUGCUGCAAACAGUAUGCCAAAACUCGCACGAGUUCCAAUCUCACUUCCAAAACUGCCUCCAUCAUCUACCAAUCUGGUUCAGCAAUUCAAUGACCCCAUCCAAACCAUAGUUCCGUCCAACACUGCCAUUGACAAUACAGCACUCAAAUUAUCGUCCACUCUUUUGUUCACUGCCGCCACGGGGAUGCUUCUCAUUACGAACAAGAUUCAGCCCUCAGAAAUGGCCCAGGAACAACGAAAUGCGGCUACAUUGUCCAAGCAGCUUCACUCCGUAUCCAAACCCAGCGCAAUGGAGAGGCUUUUGGCUCUUGACAAAGCUUACCCAUCAAUGUUUGAGCCUGCUGCUUGGUGGCCCAAAACUAAAGCUAAUGACUACCAGACGAAAGUUCCAGCUGAACUAGAAGUGGAGAAUAGAAAAGAUAUGGAGGACGUCUACGAGAGGCAACGAAGCUUGGCUCUCAAGAUCAAAACAAUCUUAGCCAUUUUAGGUCCUUUGCUCACUGGCGUUGCAGCUUUAGGCUCUGCUGCAUCAGUGAGCCAUGGUUCGUCUUGGGUAGACAUUGUGGCGGCCAUGGCAGGGUCAUUGGCUACAUCUGUUAAUGCCUUGGAGCGUGCAGGCCAAGUGGGGAUGGUGUAUGAUAUGUACAGAAAGUGUGGUGGAUUCUUCAAGUUGUUACAAGUGAUAAUCGAAGUGACACAUAAUAAAGAGAAAAACGACAGCGACAAGAAAAGGCCGACAGCACAUCAUGAAAUGAAGGUGGCUAUGGAAUUAGGAAGAAGCGUUAAAAUUAGUUUGAUGAUUGACAUCUGA